AUGGUCCAUGGGAAGUCUCGGAAUAUCUCUCUGUCUCAGAGGUCUAUGCGGGCGUCAGCCAUUCCUACACCGACCUCAAAUCAUAUAUACACUACUGAAGAGCUUUGGAAUGAAAUCCAAGAGGAGGAAAUUCAAGAAAGGUUGGUGGAAGAAUCCAGAGCCAAGUCCACCACUACUCGAGUUCGGAGGAAACCCAAAGAAUCCAAAUCCACUGGAGCUUCUUCAAAAGCCGAGAGCCGAUCCCAGGCGGAUAAGCUCCUACCAAAAACUAGACAGCGCCGCAAAGCGCCAGAAAGUCCAAAGAAAGAGCCCAAAGUGAAAGGUGUUCUGAAGACUCCAAAAUCACACCUGCCCAAGACCAAGUUGGCUCGUGAGAUUAUCGAAAAUCACGCCAAAUUCCCCCAUUGUAUUCUCUUGACCCGCGUUGGUCAAUUCUACGAAUCGUAUUUUGAUCAAGCUCCCGAAGUGGCCAAGCUCCUUAACAUCAAGCUUGCUCAACGCCGAUGGGGCACACCUCAAGACCCUAGUUCAGACAGAAAAGCGAUUCGUUGCGCUUUGCGAGGAAUUUCGAAAACCUGGGGCACCUCAGGACCCAAAAAAAAGUAUGGGCCCAGCCCCUUCGAACGACGAGUUGUCCGGAUUGUUACUCCAGGAACGUUGAUCGACGAAUCGGGAAUUCUUACACAACUUUCGAAUUCAACCCAACUAAGGGACGACCUGGCGAGGAUCAACCCUCGUGAAAUCGUCCUGGAUAAAUUCCUAGAAGGGCCUGAAAACGUAGACCACCCCAUUCAUGGAGCUUUGGGGGACAGUACGAUCAGCGUCGCCUACUGCGAUGCCGCUAAAGAACUUGAUGCUACUUCCCUGGAGAUGCGCACUCCGCCCGUGAUCGUGGAUAAUAUCACUAAUGUGACAGUGUUGGAUGCUGCCGCGGAACUCGACCUGGAAGACAUGCCAACCACUCCUGUAUUUUCCCCUGCGGAAACUCUUGCGAUACGAUUGAUUAGCGCGUUUCUUCAGGCCAAUUUGCGAGAGAGUAUGCCAAAACUUACAACACCGGUCCGUUUUCAAGAGGAUGCACGGAUGCACAUCGAUGCGCAUACACUUCAACCCCGAAUGAAAAAACUCCACAAGAGGCUCAAAAAACUCAAAGAUCAACAAGAAGAGAUGCAAUGGGGUCUUCAAUCGAGUAUGCUUGAAGAUAGGAUUCCUCAUGGAAUAUUCGUCCACGUUGCUAAAACUAGAACACACGGAACUAAACUGCGGAAUAACGAAUUGUUUAUCCUCUAUCGAAAAGCGGAAGCACUGAGAGUUAUUUCACAAGCCCUGGAGCAACUUGGUACGGAAAUUACCGAGUGUCAAGCUGCCAUCCUUCAGGCCGAGCGAAAUGCUCUCGAGUCACUUCGAGCGGAGCACGAAUUCCAGGUAGCCAGUUGCGCAGUCGCAUUGCGCCGAAACGCACGAAUUAUUGACGAAAUCGAUGUCACAGUAGGAUUCGCAGAACUUGCUGCGCAGAUGAACUUUGCCGGAAAAUCCACUGUCCUACGGCAAUCUGCACUUAUCGCAAUUCUCGCUCAGACUGGUUCUUUUGUACCCGCUGACUAUGCGGAAAUCGGCGUCGUCGAUCGCGUGUUUUCAAGGAUUGGAGCUCGUGAUGACCUAUUCCGUGACCGAAGUACGUUUAUGGUUGAAAUGCUCGAGGCAGGCGAGAUUCUCCGCAGGGCUACUGAGCGUUCGCUGGUUAUUAUGGACGAAGUCGGGCGUGGGACAACACCACCCGGAAAUCCGAACAUGCAAUCACUCGAAUCAGUUAUCACGCCCCACUGCGCCCGCCCGCAUAUAUCCUUCUUUUGCACCGAUAUCACCUCGACCGGCGACUCGAUCACAGACGAGUUUACUUACUCUCAUAGGCUACAACCAGGCGUUAAUAGGGAGAGCCACGGGUUACGAGUCGCCCAACUCGGUGGCAUGCCGAGCAGUGCGGUAGAGGUUGCGAGACGUGUCAUGGAGAGACUUAGGGAUAACGGACCCACUGAGAUCGCAGCAGCGACAGGCAAUCUGUUCUGCAAGUGGGGCUUGGCCUCGGACUUGGGAACAGGGAUGCAAUGA